UGAGAGUCCAAGAGCCGGCAUUAAUAACCUGUCAUAUAAUCGCUCUCUCUAGAAGGAAGAUAUAGAGCAACUCCUGACUCUUCGAUCGAUAGCGCACUCGUUUCGUUUCACACCUGACUCUGCUCCAGUUGGUUCCAGAAGGGAUGAUCAUCGGCGCCAGUACCACUUGAAGCACAAGGAAACUAAAGGGCUGUCACAGUCCAAGACAUAUUGACUCCCAAAGGAGGUUCCAUUCCAUUCCAUAACCACCAUGAGGAACCUCAAGUACCAUCCAGACUUCGAUAUCCCAUGGUGUCAAAACCUUCUCGCCUCUCACAGCAUAUCGGACGUCCAAGUCCCGACUGAGCACCGUCUUCGCAGCGACAAUAAUAACAUACCCUUACACGACGGCGUGUCCAACAGCAUGUUCGCACAAACGCUGUACACACCCUCUGCCAUCCGGGCCCAGAUCAACUUCAAACGACCACGACCACGACCACGACCGACCACCCCCGAAACAGCCAAAGCCGAAGCGAACUCCCUUGAAAGUCAAAGUUCAAGUCAAAGUCACCCCUGGGAAUCCUGGGAAUACUGCUACUUACUAUCCCUCGGCUCCGGGGUCGACGGCAAGACGGGUCGCGCGCACGGGGGCUUCAACGCGCUGAUCUUGGACCAGAUGACCGGCAGCGUGGCGUCGAUGGUGUCAGGCAGUGUCGCGCCCGCGACGGCGACACUAACAGUGGAUUACAAGGCGCCCAUCGCCACGCCCGGCGUCGUGCUGUGUCGCGGGUGGGCGGUCGAAAGACAGGGACGGAAAACGUGGGUCCGGGCGCAAGUUGAAGACGGCCAGGGCAAUCUGCUUGCCAGUGGGAAGGCGUUGUUCAUCGAUCCGAAGCCGACGCCGGCGUCGACACCGAGGUCGGACAAGCUAUAAGAGAGAGAGAGAGAGAGAGAGAGAGAGCCACUGCAGACUGAAUUCUGUUCUGUUGUUAGAGAGUGCGGGAAGAAGCUUUUGUCUCAAAACUUGUGUCUCUUUCUACCAACCGAGGUACUCUAGGACUGAUCUCUUUCGAUCACGAUGCCUGCCGGCGCUGCCUGCCUCCGGUGCGAAGUAAGUGCGUAGGUGGCUGAUCGAAAGGUGGCGAUGAGGGAUGCCCGCUGAGGAUCUGGUUGGUUUGUCCAGCAAAGAAGAAAACAGGUAGAUUAGAUUUUGCGGCUCUAACAAAAUGGCCGGACAAGGAGAAGAACAAGGCGGCAUUGUCGCACAGAGAGA